ACUCUCGUUGAUUCUCUAAGGGAUAAGAAGUAAUACUAUUUGCGCUCUUUCAUAGGACACUUUCCAGCAUUGGAGAAUGGCUUUCGUAGGACGUCGCAAUAUUGAGGGACAGUUGGUGGAUCGUCAACUGAUUUCUGGUAUGGGAGCAAACUCAAUGUCUAUGCCCGACUUGGGUGAUGACGAUACUGAUUCGGGCACUUUGGAAGGGUACAGUAGCCGCUCCUACAUAUCGCCUACUGUGCGCUAUGUGGCAAACAAACGGGAAGACGUCGAUAUCGAAAGCACUUUCGCCUUGGAACGUGGAGGCAAUAAUAUGGAUUCUGUGGUGGGCUUCAGCGAUCGCAAUGACAAGUGUGGAGAGGGAGAGAAUGAGGAUGGACUGGACAUGACUAGCGAUGAGGAGACAUUCAAAUGCAGCACAGUUUCCAAGACAGAUGAUCUUGACUCCAUUGAUGGCGACACAGUUUGCAGCCCAAGAAUUCCAGACGAUUUUAAUGCUAUGGACUCUUUUCAUGAGCCCCGAGCUUGUAAAUCGAACUUACAACAAGACGAUGCCCAAAGUUUCAGCUCUGUGGACAGCAGCACAUAUUGUCGCUCCAACUCGAAAGCAGAGGAUGCUUUUAGCCUGGGCUCCUUGGAUAGCAGCUUAGCUAGUGAUAUAAUGGAACCAUCAAAUUCGAUCAAAAACCCCGUAAAGUUAGACAGCAAGGCGGACAGUAUGAGUCAAUUAACCAGUCGCACCUAUAAUUUAAAGGCAUCUACACUGCGUCGCGAAGAUUGCUCUUCUGCAUCCACUUUCAGCUGGACCGAUAUGUAUGGAGAUGCCCUCAAGCCGACCCCGGGUCACGACAAUGUUGUACCGCCGCUGAGUUUCAAUUUUUCGGCAACCUCUUCGUCUGGGUCGUCUACAUUCUUUCGUACUCUUGAUGACGAGCAGGAUCGCCAGAAACAGCAUGUAUAUCUGGAAUGGGUGAAGCGCAAGGAGCUCCAGAAGAAGCAGAAACAACAGGCGGAAAAACAGGAGAAGGAGAGGCGGGAAGCGGAGACUGCAAUGCGUCAGCGUUUGGCCAAGGAGCGCUACCAUGAAUGGUGCAAGCAGAAGAUGUUGCAGCAGAAGAAAACGUCAACUAUUAGCCUCAAGAGCUCUUCCAGCUAUAGCUGUACGGGUUCCAUGAGCUCAAGCGCCAUAAGUGCCGGUGGCAAGAAACAGCCACCCAAGGAGACUCCGGAGGCUCGGCGGAAGCGUCUGGAAGAAUGGGAACGCGUUAAGACAAGGCAGCUGAAACGCGAGCAAGAACGUCAGCUCCAAGAGCAGCAGAGCAGAGAUCAGCUGGAGCAGCAGCGCAAAAAGAAGUCCGAAGGUGCCUGGAACAACUGGAUGAAGUCGGUGGGCAAGCGGGCCAAGCCGGUGCCCCUCAACCAGGGCUUCGACACAUUGCGCGGCACCGUAUCGAAUAUCUACGUUAAUCCCAUUGAGUGGGUCUCCAAUAUCGAUCCGAAUGAAUCCCGCGGAAAUUGAUCUGUAUGCCCAAUCGGAUAACAAGUUGUUUCGACAGUAAUUUUAAGAAAUCUAAAAAAAAGUUCAAAAACUAAAUAUUAUGUCAAAAGUUCUAAUUAUUCGCCGAUGAUUGGAUACCACUAAAAAAAAAUCAACCUAUAUUAACUAGUUUAUUGGAUGGCUAACUACAAUUUUAGCAAUUAUGUUUCAAUAAACCAAUAGUUGCAAUAAA